UCUGUAUCGAAGUGUCAGUUUAACAGAAUGUGUGUAAGUGAAUCAAAACAUUAAGUGAAAAAUUAAAACUGUUGCAUAUUUAUUUUCAGUAUCUUUUAAGUGGGUAUAUGAAACUAUCAAAUUUAGGAGGAGUAACCUGUAUACUUAUUAUUUCUUUGAACAUUGUACGAGCAGAUCAAGAUUUUUUGGAAUAUUAUCAACCAAGGCCUGAUCUUCCUAAAGAACUAAAUGAAUGGUUGGCUUUUGUACAAGAACACAAAAAAGAUUUUAAGGCCAUAAAGAAUAUUGUUAAAAGGCGCAAUCGAGAACAAAAUUAUUAUGACGAAAUUGAAGAAGCGAAAAACCACAAGCUGUUGUCCAUCGAUGAAGACCAAUACGUAGAUGAAGCUCCACAUAAUGACAUUUACCCACAUUUUAACCAGGAACUUAACAAAAUUGCCCCAUCAAACCUAGAUACGACUAUUUAUAAGAAACGAAGCAACAAAAAAUCAAACAAGUUCAAAAACUCUCACAAAUCAAAUAGAGCUCGAAGACAUUCUUCCAAGGAACAUUUUUUUGAAACUCAUCAAAUUCCUGCAGUUGAACCAAACGGCCAAAAGGGUGAAAUACAUCGAUCCGACAGGAAAUUUCCAGAAAGAUAUCAGCAGGAUAACCAGGAUAAAUAUAAUAAAAGAGAAAUACAAAUAAAUGUGUUAAAAGAUGGUAAGCUAAUAAAAUCAAUUGAAGAAAAUGAAAAGGACUCAAAAUCUUUAGUGUUUAACAUAGAAGCUAGAAACGAUGAUAAAAAUAGUAUUGAAGAGAAUAGCAAAAAUUUGGAAGUGCCAAAAUCGCCCCUUAAUGUUAACAAUUUCCAACGAAGUCUACAUUCUAAUAGUAAAGAAAGAAAAGACAAUAUUAUGACUGUUAAUGAGAAACUGAACAUAGACACAAACACUGCUGACCAGAUUUUGAAAGACAAAGCACUCUUUUACCAAGUCACCAUGCCAAAUCAUAACUUAAUUCAUCAACCACUUGGGUCUCACCAUCCAAGGUUUCAGUCAAAUAACUCCAAAUUUAUCCCACACCAAAAUGUUCCAGAAAAACAAAAUCAAUUUUAUGGUAACAAUUUUAAAGACAUGAGUAAAUUCUGGACAGCUUCAGAAAAAGACCGGCUACAAAAAGGUAUAGAAUUCGCUCAAGAUAAUCCGAACUUGAAGAAUGGUCUACAAGAUAACGGAUUUGAAGCUGCCAAAAGUAUUGUAGUUGAAGCCAAUCCAAAUAAGUAUUCAAAUAUAGUAAAGGAACCACUACAGCUUUCUUUAAAACGUAAUUUAGAUACUGAAGGUGGUUCUUUGCUAGGUUUAAGUAACUAUGUUGAUGCUGCAGUUUCUGGAGAUGUAAAUGAAGUGUUUAAUAAGAACAAAAUACUUCUUGAUCAGAACAGUCGUCAUAAAGAAACCAUAGAUUGGUCUAUAGAUUCUCUUAACGAUACUAAAAAAAAUCAAAACCUUGAUAAUACAGAACCAACGGAUUCAAAUACUAAAACAGUACUUGAUAAUAAGGACAUGAGUAACGGAAUUGAAAAUAACCAAAAUUUAAAUGUUAGUAAUAUUUAUAAAACAGGUGAAAAUCAUACAAAAGUUUCCACUGAUAAAGAAGUUAUUGAAAAUGUCGACAAAACUAACAACAUUAAUUUAGACAAAGAUAAUAUAGCAGUGAUACCUAAUUCGAAAGAUACAAAUAUAAACACUAAGAAUAUAUUAAACGAUACAUCACUUAACUCUGUUCUCGAAAAUGGAAGAAAAGAAGAAACUUACAGCAAAGAACAACAACUCAGUGAUGUACAACAAAAGGAAAAGGGAUCAGCAUUACCAUCUCAUUCAAAUAUUCAUACAGGACAUGAAAAUAUUAACAACCACAUUGAAAUUACUAUAAUUGAACCAAAAGGAGGUGUUGAAAAGAAUGAAGAUAUUGAAGAAAUCGCCGAAAAUAAUAGUAAAGAUUUUAACGCGGAUGAUACUUUGUUGAAAAUAGUAACGACACCGGAAGAUAUCAAUGACCUAAAAACUCCAGAAAAAAUAGAUGACCAUAUGCCUAUAUUGAAAGUUAUGGAACCAGAAAAACCUAUAGAAAAAUCGAAUAACAUAAAUAUAGAUAAAGAAAAUGAUUUAGUGAAUUGUGAUAGUGUUGAAGGUCCUAUCAACGAAAUGGACACACAAUAUCUCGAUGAUGAAAACUUUCCCAAGAAUUCACCAACUAUUAAGGUGAUUAUCGAUGACAGCAAAAGUAAUAAUGGCAUGAAUGAUUUGGAAAACAAUUCUCAAAAACGAUAUUUUCAUCAUACUUACCACAAAUUGAAAAAAACAGAUUGUCACGGUGACCAGUGUGAUUUAACUAAAAGAUUACCACCAAAGAAAUUUUUUAGAAGAAGAAAGCACCCAUUUUCAAAUUAUAUCAACAAUAAGCGUGAUUCGUACAAACUAAGACAGCUAAAGUCUUUGGACUACGUUUAUGAUGCUGACAUAGAGGCACCAGUUGACGAGGAAUAUGUAAAUGAAGAAGCGACCUCCAAAAGAGAAUAUAUUUUGGCAAUCAACAAAAAAGGAGCUGUAGAAGGAGACUACGGCGAUGAGGAAGACUCUGCGCCUUCUAAAAGUAACAAAUUGAAUCAAAUUAUCAAGAAAAGCGAUAAUAUUUUUGCUGAUCCACGAACUGUAGCAUCACGUGAUGAGGAUGAUGAUGGUGACUAUUAUGAAGAAGAGCAUAGUCCUAAGAAUGAGACAGUUAAUAGUAGCAACAAUGGUAAAGUUGAAAUCAAGGAACAAAAUGAAAAUUUUGGUAAAAGAAGGCACCCUAAACCUAAGCCUGCGCCUAAUACAAAGAAAAAAAAGCCACACCAAAAAGAAAUAGAUAAUAAAAAGAAAAACUAUGUAAGGGAACCAAGAUCACAAGCAGAUACAGAAGAUAUUGGACAGGCACAGAAAUUUGUAAGGAAAACUCAAGAUAAUUUAGCUUCGAAUAAGAAACAAGUGAAAAACAAGUUUCCUCUGUCGUCCAAAGGUUUUUUCACAAAUAAUGAUGUCAAAAGAGAUUCUCUUGCGGAUAUUGACAAACCGGUUUCUGUAGAUUCGCCCAAAAUAGAUGUUGAUGAUAUAGCGAAAUCUGCAUUGGCUCUUAACAACAGUGAUCUGGUUAAAACUACUCUCUUUAAUUUUAACCAAGUUCCUAAUGGUUGUGUAUCUAGUACUAUUUCACCUGAACCUAUUACUGAGGUAGUAUGUGAGGAAGUUACUCCUCAAGUAGCCGUGGGAAAUAUGUGCGAGAAUGAGACUGUUAUGGAAACUCAGGUUGUUAUGACAACCAUCUUGUCAAUUAUACCCGAUGUUCAACAUGAAAUGAACAAAAACAAUAGUUUUGCUACAAAAAAUGACACAUUUGAAAAAUUGGACGAAGUUCUUUCAGGGCAGUUGCCUAUUUCUUUGGUUAGCUCAGUAUACGAUCAUAUGAAAGACCAUCCAACAUUUAAAAAUCGGUUUUAUAGUGGAAUGAAGAGACGUCACUAUAAGGAAUCUUUAGGUGAUUUUGAAAAUUUAAAUCAACGGGAACAUAAAGAACUACUCAACGUUAUGGAAGAUAUUAUAAAUAAGUUGCAAUGGACUACAAAUUGUCAAAUGUUGCCCAAAAAGCAAAGCCAGUAUUUAAGAUCGAUUACAAGAGCUAAAUCUCACGAUGCACUCUCGAAAACCAAGCAGAUGGAAGAAGUCGAUUUUGAUGAUGGACAAGAUACGAAAAAUUUUAUAUUCCACGCAGCCAAUGCAGAUUCCACGAUCGAACAGAAAAUUAAAACAUUACAUGAAAUGCUAGUAAAGUUUGAACAACUGCCACCGAGUUGCAAGUCUAGAGCAGAACCGGUGAAGAAAUAUAUCGAAACCCAUAUGGAAAUGCUAAAUAAAGUUCUGGAAACGAAACCACGUAGGGUAAAUAAAGUACCACUAGUACCAGAAACUAGAAACUACAAUAAUGAACAUCAACAGCCGAUUAGGAGAAAUGACCAAAACGAGGAAAGUAGUGACCUUAUAGAAAAACAACUCCAAAGUGUCGGACUAGGCAAAAAUCCUAAUUUUAAACCCAAUUUUGACAUAAAUCAUUUAGUUCAGCAAAACAGAGUUGGCCAAAAGGUAGAGAAGGAAGGUAAGGUCUUGUCGAAAAACCGACAUUGGAGAAAAAGAUCAAAAGAGAUUUAAACGCGGAUACUUCAAAAAACUACGAAAAACUUGUUGAAGCUGUAAGAAAAGAAAGAAUCAAACGGGAAGCUAAGAGAAGAAUAGCAACAUCAUUUGGUAAACUUGAUAUGACUGACUACGAGGGUAAAUCAUCAAAUAAAGCAUUUAAGGAUGUGUUCGAUACACCGUUGGUUUAUGUAUUAUAAUUUUUACACUUAUUUAAAUAUUUUAUAGUUAUAGCAAGAUUAUAAUUGUAAAUAUCAUAAAUAUAUAUACGUCAUACGUA